AGGUAGAUAAGUUUAAGUUCCUACCUCGAUAUAUCUGGUGGGAAACCCGGCCGAAGUAAUGAAAGUAGCUGCUGAAGCGGGGGAGGACUGGGCUAAGUUCAAGGCAGAAAUGCAGAGGCGGUUCAAGUUAGGGGAUGGCUUGUUAACAAAGACAAACUUGGAAAUGUUACAACGAGAUAAGUUCUCCACGGUGGGAGCUUUCGCGACGACUUUCGAGAAGAUGGCAAAAAAAGUCCCCGGGUUGGCGGAAGAAGAACAGUGUGCCACUUUCCUGGGGCACUUCAAGAAUUGGGAGGCCUCGUCGCUAACCAAGAAGGCUGCGCCAGGAAAGAAGAUCACCUGGGCUGCCAUAAAGGAGGGCGUGAUAGAAGGAGAAUUGGACCAGGUCGACAUCUUUCAGAUGCGACAGGCUAGGAAGAAGAGGAAGGCUUUGGAUGCCUCGACAAGUGACGGGAGAGAUUUUAAGAGAAUGGUAGAGGAUGCGGUUGCCCAGCUCGAUGCAGAAAAAGAGGCAAGGGCAACAAGAAAGGCUAUGGCGGCACCGCAGACUCAUGGAAAGGCAAAGAAGGCGGUCGUGCAAGAGGAGGAAGAAGAGGAAGAGGAGGAGCCUGAGCCUCAAAAGCUAACAAAGGCACAGAGGAAGGCCAAAAAUCUGGCCCAAGGCGGACAAGGCUCAAGAAGAGGACAGACCCCGCAAGCAACAGCACUGCCUCCCCCGGAGUCGCAUGAGAUCCCUGGUGGGUCGAGAAAGGAGGCCUUGAGACGGGUCGAGGCCGGCGAGCCACCCGCUCCUCCGGCCAUGUUUCGAAUCUGGCAAGAGGAGGAGGUCCGUCCUGAUGUAAGGGUUGAAGAGAUAGGAGAGAAUGAGGAAGUAGAGCAGGAAAGGAAAGUCGGUACCGUCAAGGAAGAACCAAUUGCGGUAGAAACUGACGAGGAGAUAAAAAAGGGUUACUGGAAUGAUGCCCGGAGAACGAUGGAAAGGAUGGAGGAUCUAGUGGCAAAAUUAGGAAGGUAUCAAGACAAAUUGACCAACAUGUGUGAAGAGGUCAAGGAGUGGAAGGGUAAAAAGCCACUGGUGUAUCUCUACGAUAUGGGUCCAGGACCGCAAGGAGGAUCUGGGAGCCUACCAGGCGUAACGAUUUCGGGACCAACGCCUCGGUCCGGAUUGGCUCACAGGCCACCAUCAAGGUCAGGAGGAGCGCCACAGGUCGUCAGGACAAGGGCCAAGGGGCCGGUAAGCCCCAAUGAGCCGGCAAAGGACGUUCCUAAGCCUAGUAGGGAAAAACAGACAGUAGACAUCCCAGAGAAUGAGGAUGAGAGAGAUGAGAGGUUAAGGAGAGAAGAGGAUAAGAGGGUCGAGCUAAGAGCAAAGAAGAGGGAUGUUAAGGCGGACGCAGACAGAGUCCCGGAGGGGAAGAAAAGGAAGUAUGUUGUCCGGGUAGAAGAAGGCUAUGAUGUAGAGGAAAUGAUGGAUAGACUCCUUGAGGGUCAUAAUCAUUUUAUGAACCUGAAGGAUGUGUUGGCUUCAGCUCCAAGGCUCCGGGAUGAGCUCAAAGCUCGAUUGUCCAGAAAGAUGGUAGCCAGCGUGCGAUUGGGGGUCAUAAUCCCCAAGGAAGCUGAGUGGGCGGAGACAGGCACGAAGAUGGAUUGGGAGUCCAUCGCAUGUAGAUACGUGGACGUAGUAGUAAAAGGAAAAACGUGCACGACAAUGGUGGAUACUGCGGCGGAAAUGAACCUUAUAAAAGAGGAACAUGCCUUGCGUUUGGGGAUGGAGAUUGAUCGCUCCGAUAAUGGAGUUCUAAUGGGAGUGAAUAGUCGGUCUGUGUUCAUAGCGACCGCAUCGAGAGUGGUUCUGGAGAUUGGCAAGGUUAAAGUGAGAAGUUGUUUCUUUGUAAUGACCGAUCUCGAUCAUCCCAUCCUAUUGGGCCGAUCUUUUCUGAGCCGAACGGAGACCGUCAUACUGAAUAAGCAUGAUGGGACGAUGUUCCUUGUCUUAUGUGACCCGAUAUGUGGCAACUAUGAGGUUAUCACACGCAGAAAUACGGGGCCACGAAGUAUAAGAAAUCGUCCCAAUCUUGACUCUUUCACGAUUGAGGAAUCGGAAGAAGAAAGGAAGAGGCUAGGAGGAGACGAGUUUGAAGAAGAAAGGAAUCCGGAAGCACUGACUCUUAACCUGACCAAUAUAGGCGAUACUAUGGACAUAGUGUCAACCUAUGGGAUGACGGUCCCGGAGGCUGUAGAGGCCUUGAGAGAAAAGGUGAUGGAACAAAUGGGUGAAGGAGAGGUGGAGCUGGUAUAUCGGACGCCCGGAAAGAGAGGAGGAUCGGCAGGAGCCCAACCCCUGAUGAGAGAUGCAGGGGGUCUCCCUAAUGCUGAUGCGCUUUUAGAGGCAUGCGCAGGAAGAUCCAUAAUAUCUCUCAUAGACUUGUAUUCUGGUUAUGACCAGUUUCCUGUUUACCCUUCGGACAAAACAAUGACUGCAAUGCAUACCCCUCGAGGGCUGAUUCACAUGAAUGCCGCACCGCAAGGGUGGACGAACGCGGUUGCCAUGCUCCAGAGACACAUGGUGAGGGCAAUGCAACCAGUAAGUCCUCACAUUACACAACCUUACAUCGAUGAUCUGGCUGUGAAAGGGCCAAAGGAGAAGAACGAGCAGGAAGUGAUGCCUGAGAUUAGACGAUUUGUCUGGGAUCAUGUGCAAGAUCUAUGCAAAGUCCUAGACUUGCUAAAGGAGCAUAACCUCACUGAGAGUGGGACAAAGUCCAGGCAUUGUAUGCGUGGAGCAACGAUCUUAGGGUUUGCGUGCGACGAGAGGGGUCGUCGGCCAAACACUAAGAAGACGAACAAGAUUCUCGAGUGGCCAACACCAUUCGAGACAAUAACGGAGGUAAGGAGCUUCUUGGGAACAUGUGGGUUUUUUAGAGUGUUUAUCAAAGGGUUUGCGGCAAAGACAGAGCAAUUGCGAAAGCUUGUGCGCCAAGGCUUGACACCAUUUUGGGGCAGCCAUGCCAAGAGGGAGGGGAAGGGCAGGGCCAGUGGGAACCCCUCUGGGGGCGACCAGACAGACGGCGCAGAUGAGGGCCAGGAGCAGAGUGAGGAACAGGCUGCAAGGGAGAAGGAACAAGACAGAAAGGAGAGAGCAGCAAUAGAGAGAGAGAUCAGAGUCCAAAUCAGACUCAAGAACAUUGCGGAGCUGCACGAGAAGGUUGAGCAGGGAGAGCAGUCUGUGAUACUAGAAGACAGAAAGGGGAAUGACUCACCCACUCAAGACGAUGAGACUCCUCUUUUCACGGAGGCUUGGGACAACUUUGAUAAGUUGUUGGAGGCAGAAGGGAGGCCCAGGGAGCAGCAUCAGGAGAUGGGGGUUAAGCUGGCCUCUACAGACUUGCUUAGCCUGGAGGGCCUUAUGAAGGAGGGCUUUGUGGCGGCCAAGACUUCUGAUGAAAAGAUGGAGAAGAGGUUGACAAGGAUGGCGCGGGCGUCUCAUGAGCAGAGAAUGGACUGGCAGAAAGAAAUUGAUGAUCUCAAGAAGGAGUUGGAGAGUCAAACAAGGAAGUGGAGGCCAUGAAGAUUGAGAUGGAGAAGUUCGUGAACUUGCUCAUAUGAAUGAUUGUUGUGAUGAAGUAAAUGUUGUAAAAUGAC